AUGACCUUGCAUAUUCCAGUAAAAGUUCAUACAUUAUCUAAUCACUUAAGUCGUCAAGACCGACUGCGUAUCUCAACAACUGAUAAACGAUUUAGGAAUCGCAGUCUAUGCAGUAUGCUUUAUACACCACCACCAUAUCCAGGUUAUUCUAGCGUAUUAUCCAGUAUACGAAAAUCAAAUGAUGCAGCACUUUCCACUCCAAAUCCUUUGAGGAAUACUUCGAACCGCGUUUGCACAUAUCACAUAUUAUAUCCAGAGAACACAUCGAGCAAACUUUCAGCAUUGGAUUUCGAUACUUCAUUAGUUGAUGAUACCAAGCUUAUUGAGCUUUGCUCGACAAAUCCGAGAAAGACAACGCCAGCUUCAAAAGAAUCAUCAGGCUAUGGAUCGGUUAGUUCAGAGUCUGAUCCAGAAAAUGAUCAACAUGCAGUUGAAGAUGAAACCAAUGAAAAUAAACGAUCGUUAGGGAUAACGCCAGAGAAUUCGAAAGUUUGUCACAAGAGUUCUAAGCUAGAAAAAGGUCGAAGAAAAAGCGUUCCUUCUUAUCUUCGAGAAACUUUUUCAGACGAAAUUUUUCGAAUUUUAGAAAUUGGAGGCAUUAUUCAAUAUGAAACUGACGUGGUUAGUAUUUUCGAUUCCUUCGGUCAAAGUUCUUGA